UCUCUCUAGAUUUCUUUGAUUUUCGGGAAUAAAAAGGAGACUUGCUCCUUGCUUAGUCCCUACUCCCUUUCCCUUUCACUGCCCAUUCAGUCAACUAGAUGUUUAGUAAAAAGCUAACAGACAGACACACUUUCAUAUUUAUAAUUAGUAUAGUUUAAUUUUUAAUUAACUAUUGUACAAAAUACUGAGAAUAUUUAAUAAAUACUGUGAAAAAAUGUACAACAAUAUUUUUAUAGGUAGGUAACUUUUUGUAAAUAUAUUUAUGCACUUAUGUAUAAACUUUAUGUACAAUGAAAUUCUACAUUCAAAAUGUUUUUUUAAUAAAACAAAUCUAGUAGGCAUAGUUUUUUUAUUACAAACCACAUUUUUACAUCCUUUUUUGAAUUUAAUAUUAUUUUUAUAAUGUUUUUUAGUAAAUUAUUUCCAUGUGUGAAUACAUUUCCUAGCAGAAUAAAUUCUGGUAGAAUCCUCUUAAGAGUGAGGAACUGCAGCGGCGAUCCUGGGAGUGAUGGUAAAACAACUGGACAGGAGGAAAAAUUGAAUGAGGGACAGGCAACUGGUGGAGAAGGGAAUAAGAGUGGUCUCGUUCUCGGCGUGUACGAGUCUGGAGAUAAAUUCGAGCUGACCGCCGCUGCUGAAGAAGUCAACCAGAAGAGUGGCGGCAAGCUAUGCAGAUAUUUGAAUGAGAUAUCGUGUCAGUUAAGGCUGGGCAAGGCGUUCGUGGUGACGGAUGUGGUGCCGGAGUUUGGCCCGGUAGCGCUGUCGUCGCUGGGCAAGAAGGAUCCCGGGUACAACACCCUGGAACACCUGGACGAGACCCGGGAGAACGUGCGUGUGAUGGUGGGCGCGGGGGUGCAGGCGCUGUCGGAGCGCGGCUGUGAGCGCAUCGCGGUGGAGGGCGCGGCCGCCGCGGACGCCGCCGCCGAGGCCGCUCACCUGGCGGCCUGGAGGUUUGAAGAGUUCAAGUCCUUCACCCCCCGGAGCCCAACGCCUCAGCUGUCGCUGUACGGCGGCGAGGGACAGGAGUCGUGGGACUCGGGUGCGGUGCUCGGGCGCGCACAGAACUGGGCGCGAUUCCUCUCCGACAUGCCCGCUAAUAAGAUGACGCCGGUGGACCUUGCGCAGGCGGCUUUAGACGUGCUCUGUCCCUUGGGCGUCCGUGUGACAGCGUACGAGCAGAGCUGGAUCGAGGCGCAGCGCAUGGAGGCGUUCCUAGCGGUCGCGCGAGGCUCGUGCGAGCCGCCCGUGUUCCUGCAGUGCGAGUACACCCCCGCGGGGGACACGCCGCCUGUCCUCAUCGCCGCUAAAGGAAUCACUUUUGACAGCGGCGGGAUGUGCCUGAAGAAGCCGGAGCUGAUGCAGGAGAUGCGCGGCAGCAUGGCGGGCGCCGCCGUCACACUCGCCGCGCUCCGAGCCUUGGCUGAACUGAAGGUGCCAAUAAACGUGUGUGCAGUAAUCCCUUUGUGUGAGAACAUGGUGAGCGGGCAGUGCAUGAAGGUGGGAGAUGUGGUGCGCGCGCUCAAUGGCCUCUCACUACAUAUCGAGGACACGGAUAUGGAAGGUCGCUUGGCGCUGGCCGACGCCCUGGUGUACGGACAGGUUCUGUACAAGCCCUCGCUGGUGAUCGACGUCGCUACACUCACACGCGGCGUGUUGCUGGCGACGGGCGGCGGCGCGUUCGGCUGCUUCUCCAACUCCGAGAGCGCGUGGCGCGCGAUGCGCGACGCGGGCGCGCUCACCGGCGACCGGCCGUGGCGCUUCCCGCUGUGGGACUACUACCAGAAGCAGAUCGACAAUGACCCUGCAGUGGAUCUGAGAAACAAAGGUUCGGGAACUGCUACGCCGUGCAUCGGAGCUGCUUUUCUCAAGAACUUCAUAUGCGGCGAGUGGCUGCACAUAGACAUGACGGGCGUGGGUCGCGUCACGCUUGCCUCCAGCUCUCCCCACACCUACCUGCGCCCGCGCCGCAUGUCGGGCCGACCGACACGCACUCUCACUGCCUUCCUUACGGCCGCUGCACACGCAAAGACCGGCCAAGAUGAUAUGGCCACCAUGGCGAGUCUGUGCCCCACACCAGCUAAUGUGUAACCUUCAAAACAAGACCUAACCGUGGAUGCCCCCACCUACAUCAGUUUUCUAAUCUACUUAUAGUUUUGUAUUAUUGAAACAAAGUUAUUCUUCAAUCCUCAAGGAUAAUACAUAUAAUAUAUCUUGUAAAUUAUGAGUGAAUAGACAUUUAGGCAAGCACGUAGGCCGUACCCUAAACCAGGUUCAAUUCAAGUAUAAAAAACGCAGUCUAACUGUUUAGCUGUCUACACACUGUCUAUAUCUGAUAGUUUAGCUGAUUUGUCAGCAAAUAUAUUUAUGCAUUAUGCAUGCGUUUCACACUCCUAAACUAUUCGCACGCCAGUUAUUUCACGGCAAAAUUUUCUCUUCCCGAAAAAACAUUCAUUACAAUUCUAUUGUCUAUGGAACGACUUUGCUCGUGACGAACUUCAUAUGCGGCGAAUGACCACAGACAGACAUGACGCGCGUGGGUCGCGUCACACUUGCCCCCGGGUCCCCACACACAACUCUACUCCGCUACUCCACUGUAAAGGUGUACGUUGGAUUUUAGACAUUAUUUUUCACCUGUACCCUCUAUCACGUCCUAGCGUAAUUAGUACGUCGCUUACGCAUUUUGCAAAAAGGUGUUUGCAGCUUAUCUAAAUUUAUUAUCACACUACUUACUUCUUGCCUAAACUUUAAAAGCAACGCAUUAUCAAUAUUGAUAUUGGGAUUUAUGAAUGCGUGCUAAUGAUAUUGUUAUCAGCUGUUAUCGUUUAUUUGCCAGAUAGUACUUACCUAUUAGUUGUUAUCUAAUCUAGGUAAAAUUGGUGCUACAAUGGACGUGCCACAUCCGCAUUUCUUUGGCGAAUUUUAGUCGAUACUGAAAAAUUUGUUGCGUGCAAACUAUACGGAACGAAUCUCUAGAGGUCAAACCUAUUAGUGCGCCAAACUUGGUAGGUACAAACAUUGUUUGAAAUUGUGCUAGUCAAUUGUCUCGUACCUACUAUUUAAAUAAAUAUAUUUUCUUCAA